GGACCUGUUCCCUUAGGUAAUUCAGAUGAAGGUUAUGAAUCUUCUUCACAAUCCAAUAAUAAGAUUGAAGCAGAAAUCAAAAGAUCUCCCCUCAACCUAGAUAAUAUCGAAGUAGAAAUUGACAUACCCGCUUUGAAACCUUCGACCACCAUCGCCACCACAAAUAUGCCAAAUAUUGAUCGUAACAUUGUAACUGAAUGCGAAUUCGUAAGAACCACAUCAACUAGUGGGAUUGGUAGGCAAAAACGUAAUAAAUGGACUGAUUUAGAGUUAAAUUACCUUGAACGUGGAAUGGAAGAGUAUGGAACAAGGUGGGAGGAAAUUUUGAAACAUCACGGGAAACCACAUGGACCAUUAAGAAACCGAACGGCAAUGAACUUGAAAGACAAAGCACGGAAUGAGAAAGCAAGAAGAAUAAGGGAUGGAGUAACGUUGGGUAUUUUUGAACUUGCCACUUCUUAA